AUGAUGCAGUACGCCAUGGAUCCCUACGCGGGCGCCUUUGCUCGACCUCCGCCAACCGGCUUCUUAGGCGUCGGAUCCUGUGCUCGGGCCGCCAACAGGCCUGCUCGUCGACCACCGCCUCCAGGCUUGUUCGGCAUCGGAUCUUGCUUCCGCCCGGCUGCCGACGUGCCAGCUCGUCGACCUCCGCCUCCCGGUUUCUUCGGUGCACGCCGUCCCAGGGUGCUCCCGCCAGCGCCGUGCGAGGUACCCAUGCCACCAAAGUUCUCAAAGCCCACGGCGCCGGCACCAGCGCCGGUUUCCUGCGUCGCCGCCGCCUCCACAAAGCUUCAGCGGCUGUGCCCUGACUACGCAGACGACAUCGACCACAACCUCCGGUUGACAGAGAAGAACGCCGAUGAGCGGCCGCUACCGGACUACCUGACGAAGGUGCAGCAGGAUCGGGUGACCGAGUCAGCGCGCGCCUCCCUCGUCGGAUGGAUGGACAAGUUCGCCCGAGACCAUGAUCUCGCCGACGGCACGCUCCACCACGCCGUCGCCUACGUCGACCGGGUCCUGUCGGUGCGAGCCUUGACGACUGACAGUGGCUACGAGCUACGACUCCUGGGUGCCGCGGCCGUCUUUGUCGCCGCCAAAUACGAGGACCGGAAAGCCGUGUGGAAGCUGAAGGCCGACCAGAUCGCCAGGUACGGCGAGUUCGCCGCGGGCAAGGAGGUGCUCGACAUGGAGCGCGAGAUGGUGGAGGCGCUCGGGUACCAACUCGGCGGCCCCACGGCGCACACCUUCCUGGGCCACUUCAUGAGGUACGCCGAGGGGGAGGACAAGACCAGGAUCCUGCCAUUGGCGACUCGCCUCGUUGAUCACUCUCUGCUCAACUACACGUGCCUCCGCAUCUUGCCGUCCGUCGUGGCGGCGUCCGCGAUCUUCCUCGCGAGGCGGACCCUGAAUCCGCCCGACGUCCUCGCGUGGAACACGGAGCUGACGGAGCUGACGGGUUACAACUGCUCGGACAUGACAGCCUGCGUGCUUAAUAUGUUCUUCUUCUCGCGCUCGCUCAUCUGUAGCCCUCCUUCUUGA